AUGGAUCCGCUGCUUGAUCCCCUUCAUGGGGAUAAUGAAAGAUACAGCCCGACCUUCGAACCGAGCUACAUUUUGCCUGGCAAUAAUCUGACAUGGAAUAAUAUUUCGGCUGUUGGGGCUGAAAAAAAGGUGACGCAAAGCAGCUGGAAGGAUAUGUUCACUAGAACUAAACCCAAGAAGGUCAAGCAAAUCCUCCAUAACGUAAGCGGAAUCGCAGAAGCUGGGCGAUUAUUGGCAAUUAUGGGAUCCAGUGGUGCCGGGAAAACGACACUUCUUAACGUGCUGACCCUUCGUAAUCUAUCGACCCUCGACGUCCAGGGCGAAGUGGUGCUUGAUGGGAAACGGGCCAACAAAUGGAAGCUCCGGGAGGUUUCCGCGUUUGUUCAGCAGCACGAUAUGUUCGUGGGAACGUUGACUGUACGAGAACAUCUACAGUUUAUGGCUCGUCUCCGAAUGGGUCCGAAUUAUACAAAAGCUGAACGUGAAGCUCGGGUUGAAGAAGUGAUGCAUCGAAUGGGUCUCUCAAAAUGCGCAAAUACGAUGAUCGGAAUUCCGCAUCAAAUCUUGACAUGCCCCUCCAUUCUCUUCUGUGAUGAGCCUACUUCUGGUCUUGAUGCUUUUAUGGCUGGCCACGUCGUGCAGGCGCUACGAUCUCUUGCUGAUGCCGGGAUGACUGUUGUCAUUACAAUCCAUCAACCUAGCAGCCAGGUGUACAGCCUUUUCAAUGAUGUCUGUCUGAUGGCAUGCGGAAGGACUGUCUAUCUAGGUGAAGCCGACAAAGCCGUUGAUCACUUUGCCGAAUGCGGCUUCCCUUGUCCCGCUUUCUUCAAUGCUGCCGAUCAUCUGAUUCGCACUAUUGCUGUCACAAAUGAUCGUCAGAGGACCGAAUGUCUGAGGAAGGUGGCGGCGAUUCGGGAAGGAUUCCAGAAAAGCCCUGCGGGGAAGAGAAUUGCUGAUUUAUGCAAAGCGGUGAAAGGCGGCCCUCCAUCUUCAUUCGGGAAAAGUGAAAGCAAAUCGUUGUUUUCCGAGCAUUCUUGGACGACAUCGCAAAAAUAUUCCGCCUCAUUCCUCGCCCAAUUCUGGGCCCUAUUCUGGCGAGCCUGGCUAACCGUAACCCGAGACCCGAUCCUAUUCAAAGUCCGGAUUGCGCAGACUUUGAUUACUGCAUUAAUUACCGGAAUUGUCUAUUGGCAGACACCAAUCAAUAAAAUGACUGUAAUGACAAUCAACGGCAUCCUGUUCAAUCAUAUUCGAAAUCUGAACUUUAUGCUGCAAUUCCCUGCUGUCCCGGCCAUCACCACUGAAUUGCCAAUCGUACUGCGAGAAAAUGCAAACGGGGUCUAUAAAACGAGUGCAUAUUUCCUAGCAAAGAAUCUGGCCGAGGUUCCUCAAUAUUGCUUAAUGCCAACAAUCUAUAUUUCUAUGGUGUAUUGGAUGUCAGGACUGGAACCCUACAUCCUUUCUUUCCUGUUCUCAAUUCUCAUCUCAAUUCUGGUUGUUGGGGUUGCGAUUUCAGUUUCCUACGCGGUGGCAACGGUAUUUGGAGACACCGCAAUUGCCAUGACAUUCCUGCCAAUCUUUGUGGUUCCGACAAUGGCUUUUGGAGGGUUUUUCAUCAAUUACGAGGACAUCCCUUGGUACUUCCAGUGGCUGGCCAGCCUCUCUUACUUCAAAUACGGUUAUGAAGGGCUAGCGAUUAAUGAAUGGGAUACCGUUAAUUACAUUCCUGGCUGCAACGUCACUACUCCAUAUGACUACGAUUGUCCGGCAACUGGCCAGGAGGUCUUGGCUUCGGUUUCUUUCGAUUCUAUUAAUCGAUGGCGUGACGUUCUAAUUCUGUUUGCCGAAAUUCUGUAUCAAUAUGCAAAUUGGCUGGAUUGUACAUACCUCAUUGUGGGCACAAUACUCGCAUUUAUUAUCGGCGCUCUACAGCCGACCGUCACGUUGUUGGGCGGAAUUUUGGAGAAUAUUUUGAUCAAAAGCACCGAGCCGGUGGGGGACACCCAAUUCCGGACGGACGCCUAUAAAGUGGUUUAUUGGUAUGUUGUAGCGGGUGUGGUAGUAUCGAUACUAUCACUGGCACAGGUGAUACUCACUCAACGGGGUUGUUCCGGUAUUGUGUCGAGGUUGAGGAUAGCAUUUUUGGAUUCGGUGCUCCAUCAAGAUGCCAUAUGGUUAGACAAUAAUGAUGCGGGAGCGUUAGCUGCAAAUCUUGGAGAACAUAUCGAAAAAGUACGAGAAGGGCUUGGGGAAAAAUGGGGCCUAGUGAUCCGCGGGGUGUCAAUGUUCAUGGCAUCUGUUGGGAUCUCCCUGGCCUAUGACUGGAGAACGACAUUGAUCAUGUUCGGUCUCGUUCCAGCUUCCGCGAUCACCAUGUAUUUCUCGGCAAAGUCCCCAUCUCCACAGUUUAUCAAGGGCAAGAAUGGCAGCAGCUCGGAUUUUCUUCUUGCCGGGGUCUACGAACCGAAUAGUGGUAGAAUUUUCGCCGAUGGUCACGAUCUGACGACUUUGGAUAUUACUUCGUUGAGAAAGCAUCUCGGCAUCGUUUCUCAAGAACCUCCAUUAUUUUCUGAUGAAGCGACUUCUGCUUUAGAUACACAAUCAGAAGCGUAUGUCCAGAAAGCUCUUGAAGCUACAAAAGCUAAUCGGACCACCAUAUCCAUUGCGCAUCGUUUGAGCACCACUCGGAAUUCUGAUGUGAUUUUUGUGUUUGAUAAGGGAAGAAUCGUUGAGAAAGGUACCCACAUCGAGCUACUAGCCUUGGAUGGACUUUACGCUGGGUUGGCGAGGGCUCAAAAAUUAACUGGUGCUAAUGAUGGAAAUAAGACGAAAAAGACGUUCAAGUCGGUCGCAAAAGCCUGCACCAACCUGAUCCAUGUCUCCAAAAUGUUCACCACUGAAAAGCCGGAGGAUCGUGCAAGGGAAAAAUCACCAGAAUGCCCCUCCCUGCUGGUCCGAAAUACACCUGAAGACGGUGCCAUGAGAGCAAGCUUCCGAAACCAUUUUGGGCGAAUGAUGUCCCCAUCAGUUGUCAGCGAUUUGGCUGCAAGUUUUGGGCAGGAGAUUAAGAUGAAAAAUGUUCUAUCCGCUCGAGUCGCUGACGCCUGUGUAAAUGCGCUUCGUGAAAAAGUCUUGACCAAAACAUUGCUACGGGAUGGUCGUUAUUUUGAUAAAGAAGAAACAUCAGCGUCGGCGUGUAUCGGUACAUUGUCUCAACAACCUGAGAGUUGCAAAGCGGCCCUGGAUGCUCGAUCUAAUGUAUUUACAAGCAAUUUUACAGGACUGAUGGGCAUUUUGUCCGUAUGCGUUUGCAUUGUCCUUAUGAUCGGUCUUUUUGGAUUUACAUACGCAGUGGAAAGAAAAAUGAAGCACCGGAUUAUUGCGGAUACCACUUCUCAACUAGCUCUCGAGGCGAUAACCCACACUAGACAGAUCCAACUCCUCAGCAGUGAAAAUUUUUUCUUGGGACGUUACGAAAGAAAGCAACAAGAAGUGGCAAAGCUCGAUUUCCUGGUCGCGGUUUUCCAAGCAGCAACUCAGGCCCUAACCCAAGGUUUCGUCUUCUUUUGUGAAGCCGCCGCUUUUGCACUUGGUAUCUGGCUGGUUUUUGAGGGCAAGCGGACAGCAAGUGAUAUAUUUAUGGGUGCAAUGUGUGUCUCCUUUGCCGGAUGGGCUCUGUUUUUCAUGCAGCCUUCUUUCAAUGAUCUCUCGAGGGCAACAGCUGCGGCUUCUUCACUUUAUGCACUGUUAGAAGGAUCUGCAACUGAUUUGGAUGAAGGCUUGCAGACGGAUCUCGAUGGUUCGGUGGAGGCAAUUGAUUUGCAAUUUGCAUAUCCGUCGAGGCCUGAGUACAAGGUUGCUACUGGAUUGUCGAUAAACGCGACUCCGAAAGAAUCGAUAGCCUUGGUAGGAGAAAGUGGUUGUGGUAAAAGUACGAUAAUCCAACUCAUCGAGCGAUUCUACUCACCACAUGCUGGAACAUUAAAAAUCGGUGGCCAUCAAGCGGACUUGGGCUACGAAACCGAACUUGGCGAGCGUGGAAAGGGGCUAUCCGGAGGGCAAAAACAACGCAUCGCUAUUGCUAGGGCUCUCAUACGAAAACCAAAAAUCUUGCUUUUGGAUGAAGCUACUAGCGCCUUGGACACACAAAGCGAACAGAUAGUUCAAGAAGCUCUAGCUAAGGUCGGUGCUGCGAGGACGACAAUUUCAAUAGCCCAUCGGCUAUCGACGAUCCAAAAUUGCAAUCGGAUUUAUUAUAUCGAGCAUGGAAAAGUGCAGGAUGCCGGCUCGCACGCGGAAUUGUUGCAGAAGAACGAAAAAUAUGCAAAGAUGGUCCAGAUGCAAACUUUGACUAGA